AUGCUCCAGCUCUUUCUCUGUUUCCUGAGUGCCAAGGAUGGGCUCCACUCUCAGCCCCUCUUCUCCAUGGUCAUGAGGUUCACUCUCAGCUUAAAGGAUAGUUCAGCCGAUGAUCUUGUGCCUCUUGUUUCCACAUAGAAGAGCAUGCCCCAGCUCUGCUUCCUGCUGUUCCUGGCUUUGGCCACCAGAGGGUGCAGUGCAGCCUCGAUCCAGGAGAACGCUGCCUGCGGACACUCCCUUCAUUCUUUGUUUAGAAGCUGCAAGGAAAUCAAAGACAGUUGCCCCCGAGCAAAUGAUGGCCUGUAUUUCCUCCGCACUGCGAAUGGUGUCAUCUACCAGACCUUCUGUGACAUGACUUCUGCGGGUGGUGGCUGGACCCUGGUGGCCAGUGUGCACGAGAACCACAUGAAAGGGAAGUGCACGGUGGGUGAUCGCUGGUCCAGUCAGCAGGGCAACAGAGCAGACUACCCAGAGGGGGACAACAACUGGGCCAAUUACAACACCUUUGGGUCUGCAGAGGCAGCCACGAGCGAUGACUAUAAGAACCCUGGCUACUAUGACAUCCAGGCGAAGAACCUGGGCAUCUGGCACGUGCCCAACCUAGCCCCAUUGAAAAGUUGGCGGAGACGAUCUCUGUUGAGGUACCGCACCAACAAUGGAUUCCUCCAGAAUCUGGGUUACGAUAAUCUGUUUGGCCUUUACCAGAACUACCCAGUCAAAUAUGGAAUAGGGAAGUGUUGGACUAACAACGGCCCAGCGAUACCUGUGCUCUAUGACUUUGGCGAUGCUAAGAAAACGGCAUCUUACUACUCACCACUUGGUCAAAGAGAAUUUGUCACAGGAUUUGUCCAGUUCAGAGUGUUUAACAACGAGAGAGCAGCCAAUGCCCUGUGUGCUGGGAUGAGAGUCACUGGCUGCAACACCGAGCAUCACUGCAUCGGAGGAGGAGGCUACUUCCCAGAGUCCAAUCCCAACCAGUGUGGUGAUUUCUCUGCCUUUGAUGCGGAUGGAUAUGGAACUCAGAAACGCUUCAGCAAUAGCCGGGAGAUAACCGAGGCUGCCGUGCUCCUGUUCUACCUAUGA